CUUACUUACAUCAACAGAGUCUUCAUUGAUAUCUCAAGAUCUGUAAAUACCAUGGGAUCAACUACCAUUUCCAGUAUUGCCAGUCGUCCUAAUACCGGACAGUUGGUGACGCAUAAGUCAAUCGUUCAGAAUGAGACUCAUCAUUCUCCAGAUGGCGACGUCUGCUCUCACGAUGUCAUUGAACUUGCAGACAAAGACCAGUCGCUUGAAUUUUGGAAAUCACGCCUACACGAACUCCAACCUUGUAUCUUGACGCUUCCCAAGCAUGAUAUGCUACCUUCAAUCUCAUCACCAGUCAAGUUGGAGGUCAACUUGUAUAGUAACGGUGCUCGAUCCCACGAUUUCUGCAAGAACGUUGGCGUCUCACUCGCAACUGUAUUCAAGGCAGCAUGGGGUAUGGUUCUCCGCACCUAUAUAAGUUCGGAUUAUGUCUGUUUUGGAUGCAAGACCAUGGAACAGGAUACGUUCUCAGAUGACGUGGAUGCAAUUAUAAAGUCACAAGUCGCAACACUCCCUUGCGAAGUUCAGUUCAGAGAAGACACGACACCGUUUGAUAUCAUUCGCAAAUUGGAAUUUGAAUUCAUUGAAACACUUCCACACCAGCACAUCCCUCUGGCCGAAGUCUAUCGCGAAUUAGGCAUGGGACGUGAUGCAUUAUUCAACACAAGCAUGAUUUUCUUUCCCGGGGAGAGAUCCUUCAACAAUCUACCACCCGAGGCUCUUUCAACAGGCACAGCUGAUAUGAAGGAUCUAACAGAUUAUGACAUUAUUGUUCAUGUCGAUUCAAAAGGGCAGUGCUCUCUCUCGUACUGGAACCAUUUUAUGUCAGACGAGCAAGCCAACCAUCUGGCCGGUGCACUGAGCGUUGCUUUCAAUUCCAUUGUCGAAUCUCCCCAUUCGGCCGUCGGCCAAGUAGAGGUAUUCAGCAAUCUCGAUCGGCAGAAACUAUUACAGUGGAAUCAGCGGGCGCCCGUCGCAUCAGAAUCCUGCCUCCACGACUUGAUUAGUCAGAAAUGUCACUCGCAACCCGAUUCUCUUGCUGUAGUCUCAUGGGAUGGUUCAUUUACAUAUCGCGAACUUGAUCGACUCUCGUCUACUCUUGCCGGCCAGCUUCAUGCAGCGGGUGUAGGUCCUGAUGUUUUUGUGCCCAUCUAUUCUGAUCGAUGCAAGUGGGUGCCAGUCGCCAUGCUAGGUAUUAUGAAGGCAGGGGGAGCUUUCUGUGCUUUGGACUCUUCGUACCCUCCAAGCCGCUUGUUGGAGAUUUGUCGGGCGUUGAAGUCGACUAUGAUGCUGACAACGGCGAACAAAACCCAGCAAGCAGGCCAAUUGGUAUCUACCAUAAUCAUCCUCGGAGACAACCUACGGACAUAUAAUAACGCAGAUGGAGGGGAACCGCAGACAGCGUUCUCGGAUAUAUGCCCGAAAAAUGCCCUGUAUGCUGUUUUCACCUCAGGUUCCACCGGAAAGCCGAAAGGGAUUGUGAUCGAACAUCAGUCGUUCUCUUCGUGUGUGCUGGCCUCACUGAUGCCCCUAAAUAUCCGACCUCAAGAACGCGUAUUACAUUUCGCAUCUUAUGCAUUUGAUCUGAGCAUUUUUGAGAUCCUUACACCACUCGCUUCCGGGGCUUCAGUUGCCAUUCCAUCAGAAGAAGCCCGACUCAAGGAUCUCCCCGGAACAGUAAGAGAACUCCAGGCGACGUGGGCGUUUCUGACACCUACAGUGGCCCGCCUAUACCAGUCGGAUGAUUUCCCUUCGUUGCAGACGUUAUGUCUGGGAGGCGAAGCUGUGGAUGCUCGAGAUAUUGGCAUGUGGACGACGAAGAACCUUGUCACAGGGUAUAAUCCCGCCGAAUGCUGCCCGCUUGGCAUCUCCGGCCAGCUUGACCAGCCCAUGGCUAAUUUCUUGGGAUGGUCCUUUUCAUCGCAGUGCGCCUGGAUUGUGGAUCCUCAAAACUGCCAGAAGCUAGUUCCUAUAGGUGCGAUAGGGGAGCUUGUUAUUGAGGGACCAGCCAUUGCAAGGGGCUACAUCCAUGAUCCAACUUCCUCUAUUCCCGAUUCACCCUUCAUUCCAUCUCCACCGUGGUUGUCUCGCUUCCGUGCGAGCUCUUCUCGAGCUACACGUCUGUAUCGAACGGGCGACCUGGUUCAGUAUGGCCGCGAUGGGGCCGUGCACUUUGUUGGCCGGAAGGAUCUCCAGGUAAAGAUUCGAGGACAGAGAAUUGAGCUCACUGAGAUUGAAUUCCACCUGCAUAAGGCUCUUUCCCACGUCACCAGUCAGGUGGUCGUUGAGGCGGUGGAAUUUACUGACCGCACAGCUCUCGUCGCCUUCAUUUCAUCUACAGAGAGAUCCGGCUCGAAAAGAGUCGGGGAGAGCCCCCUUUUGUUAGAAGAAACUACCCAGCAGUUCGAGCAUCAAGUAGCAGAUGCAGCCUCGAAGUUACGAAGAACUUUACCCAGCUACAUGGUCCCUGCUUCAUAUCUACCUAUAAGAUAUAUCCCUAUGUCUAGAAGUGGGAAGAUUGACCGGUCGGCAUUGAAAUCACUGGCCAUCUCACUACCCCCGGAAAUUUUAGUCCGCAUUGGGGGACAAUCCGGGCCAGGAAAAGCGCCAGCAACGGAUAUGCAUCGUCGCCUACAGAGCCUUUUCGCUCAGGUGAUAGGCUGUACUCCUGACCGAAUCCAGACAGACAGUAAUUUCUUCCAGUUGGGCGGCGACUCGAUCCAGGCGAUGAAGCUUUUAGCACUGGCUCAUCAAGAUGGGUUGGGCGACCUCACGUUCCAAGACAUCUUCCAGCGUCCAGUAUUGGAGGACAUGGCCUUGGCCUUGAGUUCGAUCAUCGAGCGCCCUUCUUCAGGUUCUGAAGAUCUCGGGCUAGCCCCCUUUACUCUAGUUAAAGAUGCCAGUUCACUUGUCAAUAUCGUAAGUGAGCAAUGUGGUGUCGCCGAGGGAGAUAUCGAAGAUAUAUACCCCUGUACCCCUCUACAAGCAAGUCUGAUAACCGCCACUUCACACGACAAAGAUGCCUACGUAGCAUUACAAUCCUUCAUUCUACAAGACGAUGUAGACAAAAUUAGGCUUGAAAGAGCGUGGAAUACUGUCGCAGAGAAUCAUGGCAUCCUUCGCACACGCAUCGUCCUGGCCAAUGAUAGCUUUUACCAGGCUGUCGUGAGAGGCCCGGUCACUUUCUCAGAGGGAGUGAAAACCGAAGGCCUUGCCAACCCGCUUGAUCUCUCUAUUGGUUUAGGGACCCCAUUAAUUCAAUUGCACCUUACAGGUCAGCGGUUACUAGUUGCCAUGCAUCACGCAAUAUAUGACGGGUGGUCAUUAGCGCUACUCUUUGCCGAGGUUGAUCAAGCGUAUCGCCAACUUUCCAUCCGACAAGGGCCUAUGUUCAACCGUUUUGCGAAGCAUGUAUUGGACUCAAUGGACUCCGCGGUAUCAUAUUGGAAAGCAGAGCUACAUGAUGCGGAUCCCGUACACUUUCCGGGGCUGCCCUUUCUUGAUUACAAACCCGAGCCUUGCGCAUCGACUACAAGGUCAAUUUCUCUUACCGACGUGAACGACGUACGCCGCAUCGUGACUGUUGCGACUGAACUUCAAUUGGCUUGGGCUGUCACUAGCAACACGUACGAAAAAAGCCAGGAUGUCAUUUUCGGCGUUAUCUCCUCAGGACGAACUGCAUCAGUUGAAGGCAUUGAUAGGAUGCUAGGCCCCACACUUGCGAGCACGCCGCUUAGAGUGUUCAUCAAUCCAGGCCAAAAGGUGACAGAAGCAUUAGAAGAGGUUCAAUACCGGUCGGUGGAGAAGAUGAGAUACGAGCAUGCUGGCUUGCAAAAUAUUGCCCGGCAAGGCCCAAACGAAGCAGCAGCUUGUCGCUUCCAGACAUUGCUUGUUAUAGAACCCAGGCGCCCAGACAAGACUCCCGGAAGAUGGUACAGGAAACAUGAGUUCUUAUCCAAACUCACGAAGUUCAGCAGCCAUUCAUUGACACUCAGGUGUCAGCUCCUACCCGAUUCGGUCAAAGUCACUGCGAUUUUUGACCCGAUAGUUGUGCCCGGCCCUCAGAUGCAACAUAUCUUGUCCCAGUUCGAACACAUAUUGACGCAGGUUCGUGCCGUUGGGUUGAAAGACACCAGAAUCGGAGACAUCAACAGGUUGAACUCCCAAGACUGGGAUACGUUGACAAAGUGGAAUUGUACACUUCCUCCGGCACCAGAGUUAUGUGUACAUCAGAUGAUACAGGACAAAUGCCAAAGACAACCUGAAGCAUUAGCAAUUCAUUCGUGGGACGGUGACCUAACGUACCACGAGCUUGAGCAGUAUUCAAAGCGAUUGGCCAGUCAUCUCCAGUCGCUUGGGGUUGGUCCUAAUUCUAUUAUCGCCAUCUUCCUUAAAAAGUCGUUAUGGACGGUAGUAGCUCAAGUUGCUGUGCUAACGGCCGGCGCUGCAUUCAUAACCUUAGAGACCUCCCAGCCCAUCGACCGUCUGCGCGAAACCUGUCAUACUAUUCAACCAGCCGCAGUGCUAACGUCGGAUGAGUUACAUAUAUCCAAAGUCGACCUUGGGAUUGGAUGUCCGUAUCUCGUGCUGAAUCAGCAAUUUCUCCAUCGAGAAGCCGACGGCCCUGAGCGACCUCCUAAAAUAGCCGUAACAAAAGCUUCUGACGCGAUGUACAGCAUUGCCACAUCAGGGACCACAGGCAAGCCCAAGGUGGUGGUUAUUGAACACAGAGCAUUUCUAGCCACUGCAAUGCGCCUGAUAGAUCUUUGGGGCCUCACUGCGGACUCUCGUGUUCUUCAAUUCGCCGGAUAUAGCUUCGAUAUCAUGAUCCUGGAGCAUUUCCUUACCCUGCUCGCUGGUGGCAGUAUUUGUAUUCCAUCGUCGUUCGACAGAGAGAAUCGUCUCGCGACGAUUAUGGAAGAGAUGCGUAUCAAUUUCGCUUUAUUGACAACCUCGACAAUCCCUCUGCUCACUCCUGCCGCUGUGUCUAGCCUACGAAUUUUAGUACAAGCCGGCGAGCCCAUGCACCAUGGUAUCAUCGACUGCUGGGCCUCUCAUGUGAGAUUAUUCAACGCCUAUGGGCCGACGGAGUGCGCAGUCUGUUGUUGUAGCACCGGUGUGAUCAGUUCAGAUGCCAGAAACCCUAAGAAUAUCGGUUUCGCAGUUGGUUGUGUUCACUGGGUCGUAGACCCAGACCUACCAGACAGUCCGCCGGUUCCAAUUGGAGCUGAAGGUGAAUUAAUCAUAGAAGGUGCUGUACUUGCUCGGGGCUAUUUGGGUGAUCCGGCACGGACAGCUGGUGUAUUCACCCCCCGGCCUCCUUGGCUACAUAAUUUCAGGGGCGGCAGUGGAGAAGACCGAGUUUAUCGGACAGGCGAUAUUGUUAAAUACCAGCUCGACGGAUCGAUCUCCUACGUGAGACGGAAUGAUUCCCAGGUCAAACUCCGCGGCCAACGAAUAGAACUCCAGGAAGUUGAACAUCAUCUCCAGAGCUGCUUUCCGAAUGCGGCUCAAAUUGUCGCUGAUGUUGUUACCCUAUCUGAUACCCAGUCGACUAUCCUGGUAGCCUUAGUAUUGAUCGCUUCUGCUUCCUCGUCUGAAUGGGUAGCAGCGAAUCCAAAUCAUGGCGGGGGAGCGCCAGAUAAUAAUAUUUUGUUGCCGGCUAAUAGCUCUCGGUUUCUCACCACCGCAUCCACCGCUGAGCUCGCACUCCGGGAAAGAGUUCCUUCUUAUAUGGUUCCCAGUCUAUUCAUACCAAUCUCAAAAGUCCCACGUGGUGUAAACGGAAAGGUCAAUCGCAAGGAGAUUAGUAGGUCUCUCGCAUCUCUAUCUCGGGAAGAGUGGAACAGUUACGCCUCCCUUGACAGAGUCGCUCCGUCCACCGAUCUUGAACGCAAGCUGCAAUCGAUCUGGGCUCGUAUCCUCAAUAUCACUCCCGAGUCCAUUGGUAUCUUUGACAGUUUGUUUCGCUUAGGUGGUGACUCAAUCACCUGCAUGCAAGUCGCUGCGCAGUGUAGAGGGGAAGGAAUCCUGAUUACCGUCAAGGACAUCUUCGAGCAACGGACCAUUGGAAAGCUAGCGGCUAUUGCGGCGGAAAUGCAUCGUUCUGAACCAUUAGAACUCAUAAAUAUCACGGAGACUGAUUCCUCUUGGUGCCGGCCUGACCAAUUGGAAGAAUACAUGGAACGUAUCAGACCCUAUCUCAAGAAACACCAAGUCGUUCAAGACGUCUAUCCAUGCUCUCCAAUUCAACAAGGCAUUCUUAUGAGCUGCGCCCGUAAUCCCAGCCAUUACGAGGAGGUCAUCCAGUGGAAAGUCUCUAGCAAGGAUCCCAUUGAUGUCGAUCGUCUGCGUGAUGCAUGGCAUCAAGUUGUAGAACGGCAUUCCAUGCUUCGUACGGUGUUCUUGGAUGUAUUUGGGGAAAAUUACUUAGACCAGGUAGUCCUGAAGAGCCACAUACCUUCGGUCAUAGUGUACAGCGACGGAGAAGACCCGGGGAAACCAGACUUGUCAGACAAUGCUCAGCCUAUGCACCAUCUCCAGGUUAAAAUUUCAAGUGCGGGAACAAACACUGUCAGUUUGUACAUAAACCACGCACUUGUAGAUGGCCACUCACUGUUCAUCAUCAGACGGGACUUGGCCCUGGCGUACGAAGGCCGUCUCGUCUCGUCUCCUGCACCCUCCCCCUAUCAUGAAUACAUUGCAUACUUGCAAAAGGGCCAUUCUCGACAAAAAUCCAGGGAAUACUGGAAGUCCUACAUAGAAGGCACCUCCCCCUGUCUCUUCCCCAGUCUAAACGACCUCGGUUCAGAAGACCAACCACAGCCUUUUGGCGCAUUCACCCUAACACUGGGAAAAACCACCAAUAUCACUCAAUUCUGUGAGGAUCACAAAUUGGCGCUUACCAGUGUACUCCAUGUAGCAUGGGCUAUAGUAGUGCGACGAUACACGGAAAUGGAUGAGAUUUGCUUUGGCUAUAUGUCGUCUGGUCGUCAUGUGCCCAUAGCCGGUGCGAAUGAUAUCGUAGGUCCCUUAUUCAACAUGUUAGUGGCGCGAAUGAACUUGUCAUCUGACGCAACGGCUCUCUCCAUCAUGCAACAAUAUCAGGACGGCUUCCUAUCCAGCCUAGAUCAUCAACAUCAACCGUUGGCCGAAACCUUGCAUUCUAUCGGGUCGGCUUCAGGAGAGUUAUUCAACACGCUGAUCUCGAUAUUCAAUGAUACGAAAGAGUGCGAUCCAUCCCAACAGCCUUCCGCCAUUUCUCUUGUUGGCGAUGAUAUACAAAAUCAAUCUGAGUAUCCUAUUGCAUUAAAUAUCCUCAUGCUUGCCGAGCAGGCUCACAUGAUGUUCUCCUACCACAAGUCGCUACUAAGUGAUGGUUAUGCCCGAAUAGUAGCUAAGGCCUUCUGCCACGUCCUAGGCACGGUCCUCAAACGCCCCCAGCUCCCUCUCAAUGAGAUUGAGGUGCUGGACGAAGAACAUAGAUGCAACCUCUAUGAGCGCAACCGUUCUAUUGUGGCUCCACUUGACAACUGCUUGCACUAUGUUAUCCAUCAGCAUAGUCUUGAUUUCCCUGAUUCCCCGGCUGUUUGUGCAUGGGAUGGAGAUUUCACUUACCGACAAUUAGACCAGCUCUCUUCGUCGCUGGCAAAUGAACUCAUCAGUCAGGGCAUCGGCCCAGAAGUGGUUAUUCCAGUGCUUCUGGAGAAGACUUGCUGGACCCCAGUGGCUAUGAUUGCUGUUCUAAAGUCAGGAGCUUCUUUCGUCCUCAUGGAUGCGUCACAUCCACUGAAACGGCUCCAAACAAUCUACAAAGUCGUCAACGCUCCAUUGAUCCUAGCAUCACCGCAGACAUCAUCUAAAGCGCUAGAAAUUUCGCCUCUAGUGAUCGAGGUUACAGGCCGGUUGUUCGAACAGGAACAAUCUGAGAAAAAGCAUUCCUGGCUUAGAGUGACGGUAGAAGGAAGCAACGCUGCAUAUAUAUUAUUUACCUCCGGCACGACAGGACAGCCAAAGGGUGCCAUUAUCGAACAUUCGUGUCUGGCAACGUCCCUGGAACACAUGAGUUCUCGCUUUUUCACUAACUCUAGAUCUCGUGUACUACAAUUCACCUCACAUGCCUGGGACAUAGCUGUGCUAGAAGUACUACUCACUCUCCGUGUAGGGGGAUGCGUCUGCAUCCCUUCUGACGAGGAACGUAUCAGCAAUAUUGCGCAAGCAGCAAAUCGAAUGAUGGUAAACUGGGCCAUUGUAACACCUACCGUUUCCCGGCUGGUCCGGCCGGAGGAUUUUGUUCACCUAGAAACACUGGUACUAGGUGGCGAGCCCAUGUCCCCUACAGAUCUAGCCACCUGGCACGAUAAGGUGCGCCUUCUUGAGGGCUAUGGCCCUGCUGAAUGUAGCAUGAUUAGUACAAUAUCCAAACCACUAGUUCGGUCGAGUCAUCCAAGAAACAUUGGACAACCCAGCGGGUGUGUAGCAUGGGUCGUACAUCGCGAUAACCAUCACUUGCUAGUACCGCCCGGCGCGAUAGGAGAGUUGGUCCUGGAAGGGCCGAUCGUGGGCCGUGGAUAUAUCAACGACCCAGAACUAUCUGCUGCAGUCUUCAUCGAUCCUCCAUCCUGGCUCGUAAGCCUCAGGAAUAAUCAUAUCCCCAGAAAAUUAUACAAGACUGGAGACCUCGUUCGCCCCACUCUAGACGGUACUUUUAUCUUCGUCGGACGCAAGGACAAUCAGGUUAAAAUUCGGGGCCAGCGCGUUGAAUUAGGCGAAGUGGAAGCUUCAGUUUCACGAGCCUUCCCUAAGAGCUAUGUAGUCGUUGAGCUUGUGAAAGAUUCAGGCCUGGAGCUCUUGGUAGCUUUCAUCUUGGAGAAAGAGGCAGCAUAUGUACCACGAAACAGCAACAGCAGUCUCCUCCACCCCGCCUCUAAUCUCUUCCGAGAGUCUGUUAGCGCAGCGAUCUCCGGUCUUCGAGAGAGCAUGCCAUCAUAUAUGAUACCCAACUUAUUCCUACCAUUGGCCUAUCUGCCAAAAUCGCCCACGGGUAAAACCGAGCGGAAAGUUCUUCGAGAUCACGUCGCUUCUUUAUCCCAAGUAGAACUUGAGGUUUAUCGUACUAUGAACAGCUCUCGGCGAGAACCAUCAACUUCAUUGGAAGCACGACUGCAAGAAUGUGUGGGUGACGUGUUGCAUAAAUCCUCGGAUAGCAUUCCGCUAGAUGAGGAUCUAUUUGCAGUCGGACUGGACUCGCUCAAGGCCAUGGCGCUAGCAACAUCAGCUCGCGGAAGUGGACUGGAGAUCUCAGUGCCAACAAUAUUUGAGUAUCCGCGAUUAUCUGAGCUGGCUAUAAUCCUUGGCCAGAAACAAGGGGCCAAGCAGGAACAGCGUCCAAUAGCGCAGCCAAACCUUCUGAUGGCAUCCAUAGACGAGCUCUGCCAGCAGUGGCGGCUAGAUCGAAGUCAAGUUGUUAACGUUGUCCCAACAACAUAUUAUCAACGGACAUUUAUUGCUUCGCAUCACGCCGCUUUUAUCGCAUUGCACUUUUCUCGGCCACUUGACUACACAACGUUCCGAACCGCGUUCGUUGCUGCUGUGCAAAAACAUCAUAUCCUUCGUACUGCUUUCGUCCCUUUCCAAGGCUCAUUCGUGCAAAUAUCUCUGAAUAACUUCGAUGUCCCAGUACAAGAAAUCAUUACCGACGAAGAAGACCCAUCUAUAGUAACGGAGUCCAUCUGUCGGGAAGUAGAUAAGCUCCCGGUCUUAUUCGGGACUCCAACGACUCAGCUCCUACUGAUAGUGGGGCGAGUAAGCGGCCGUCUUUCGGCAGUGCUAAGACUCUUGCGCGCGCAGUACGACGGUGUAACGGUGUCCUCUAUCAUUGCGGACCUGCGUUCCGCCUUUGACCAUCCAGCCAUCUCGCCUACCUCACUUCCGACACUAGCCUACCCCGACUUUAUUGCCAGCCGUAUAGCGUAUAACACGCCACCCGUCUAUCAGGUGUGGCGAGAAUUGCUAGAAGGGUCGUCCAUGACUUACCUUGCUCCGCGUAGAGAAUACACUCGAGAUGUAGAUAUAUCACAGAUCGAGCUGGAGGCGAAAGUCACCCGUGAUAUCGCAAUGCCCGACACUAACUGGGGCUUCACUAUGGCUACUGUAGUCAAAGCAGCGUGGGCCCUGUGCCUUGCUCGGAAGGCACAAACUCAAGAUGUGGUGUUUGCGCAGAUCGUGAGAAACCGUCAUCUGGCCAUCUCCGGAGUCGAGCGCACCGUUGGACCUUGCCUUAACCUAGCCCCUGUCAGGGUCCCCAUAAGGCCCGAGUGGGAUGGGAAGGACCUUCUGCAAUUUGUCCAGUACCAGCAGAUGCGCACCAUGGCUUGCGAUACGGUGGACUGGGAUGACCUAGUCACCGAGACCACCGCAUGGCAACGAGGUACGGAUCCCGGGUCCGCAAUUCACUACCUGAGCGCGCCUCUUGGGAGUGACUAUAUCUUUGCGGGAGAUGUCCCAUGCCAUAUGCAGCUUUUGGACUUCAAGAUGACGCAAAUCUACCCAUUGAUGUUAUGUCUGCCAUUUCCUAGUGAGCAGGAUAGCACGGUUACGAUAUUGAGGAUCGUUUUUACGAGUGCUAUCUUUGGUCAAGAUGUAGCAGAAGAGAUUAUUUCGGAUUUCAUAGAAAUGGUUAUUCAACUCACUAAUCAUCCGGAAUUGUUAAUUUCGAAAUUACUUGAGCCCGUCGGAGGUGGUUAGGGGGAGGACGAGUCUACCCCCGAGGAGGAAGAACAUCUUCCAGACCUGGCUACUAUGUAAUAGACAGACAUUCUCCCUCGCCAUUUCAAAUAAUGUAUUGCAAUAGAUACAGUACAACGUAAAGAUUUUACUGUAUCAUACAUCCAAUAUAGACCAACUCUUCCUCCGCUUAAUUGUAGUCAGGGGGAUAUCUCUGCUCGACGCAUUGGGGAUACGUCCAAUAAAUCAACCC